AUAUGGUGCAAGGGGUUAUAGGGGAAUACAGAGAGAUAUUAGAAACAUCCUUGCAUGAAGCUUUCUAGUAUAUUCGAACUCCUUCAAGAAAGUAUCAAGUUUCACAUCAAAUGAGACGGAGCCACGUUUCACCCAGAAUGCACCGCGACACGACAGGCAGGAUGGCAGCGGGACAGGCAAACUUUCUCCUGGCACUUUUACUUUCUCUUGCGUCUUCGGCCAUUUCUCAAGACGACUUCUACUCCUUCACGGCUAAGGACAUCAAGGGGAAGACGGUCCUACUAGAUAAGUAUCGGGGAAAGGUCUCCUUAGUCGUCAACGUUGCCAGCGAAUGCGGAUACACAGAUGGUCACUACAGGGAGUUAGUCCGCCUCCAAGACCACCUAGCACCCACCAAACAUUUCAACGUGUUGGCCUUCCCAUGUAACCAGUUCGGAGGACAGGAACCUAUGGGGAACUCAGCGAUCGCCCAGUUUGCCAAGUCCAUGUAUAAAGCCAACUUCCCCAUGUUUUCCAAAAUUGAUGUUGUAGGAAGAGAAGCUCAUCCGGCAUACAAAUACUUGGCAGAAUCAACGCAAGCCCCUCCGACCUGGAACUUCUGGAAGUACUUGGUGGAUCCGAAUGGAAAAGUCAUCACCGCUUGGCCGCCACACAACGCCGUCGUGGAUAUCUGGUCAAAGGUAGAGAGCGCCGUGAACCGUGCCAGAUGGGACAAAGGGCAACGAUCUACUGAACUUUAACCCUGUUCCCUCUAGGGGUCAUCGGUGCAAUGUAUUUUGAUAAGAUAUUAUGGCAUCAGUCAGCUGUGAAAUGGUUGACUAUACCGGGCAAAAGUUACAUCUUGGUAUUUAAAGUAAGCAGAAAUAAUUGUUCAAAUCAAACAUUUUCUGUGAUGUAUGACAAUCAACUUUUAACAUUGUUUUUUCUUAGUUGUCAACUAUUUUAAGAUUAUGCUCAAUUGCAAGGCUUGGAGGAAAGCUUGAGUCUUACUUUAUUCACAUCUACAUCUAUCUACAUCUACACAUUACUAGACAAAAACCUGCAUAGGGCAUGACGUCUAGGGACAAACUCAGAGGUCUAACCCUAGUGUGGCCAAUGGUGGUGCAAACAAACAACAAAAAAGUGGUGCAUGGAACAAACAAAAAAUAACAAAUAAACAAACCUUGUAAUACUGUACAUUGCCACUAAAUACAAGCUCCUAUCAUUACAGCUGAGCAGAGCUGGGGUAGCCAUAGUGCUUGGCUACCCCAGCUUUGAAGUUAUCUGUUGUCUUAUCUUCUAUCACUCUCUGAAAGAUUUUUUUACUAUUACUCCACAGUGCAGUUACUGUACAUCUUUUUACAAUAUGUUGCCUUUGAAUUUAUGUAAUAUUUUUGUACAUGACAACAUGUGCACAAGAAUCAGAAAAUUUCAAGAUCAAAUUAGAAAAAAUCUAGACAUUGUAGAUUCCAUAUGCAUGUAGGUACAAUUUGGUUACUAGUAUCUAUUUACAACUGCUUUUUUACCUGUAAAUGUACUCACACUCACUAUCUGGUUUGUCAUCUGUUGUUAGUAGACAUGCUUAUGUGUAGUUGUGGAGGCUUGAUGGCAGCCCACCAGCAGUCUCUGUCUUUAAAAACCAAUUGACAAAAGUCAGAAGCCAUAUUUGUAUUAAAACAUGCUUUAUAGAGUGCUCUCCAGGCAGAGUUUAUUGGUAUGCCCUUCUCUUUCCUAUAGCCCCAUUAUGGAACCAAUGGAAAGAAAACGACAUAUGAUGACAUGGAGGUCACAGUCUUCCCUACCAAACUCUACUUAUUAUCAAAUGUUAGGUUAAAUGCCAGCUUAAAUGCUAUGCAAAUUGCUUAGUUGCUUCAAGAUUACGUGUAUGUUACUUUACGUUCUUUGCCAAUAGUAUACCUUUGUAUGUAUCUUGCCAAAAACUGUUAGAAUUUGGAGCAUGUUAACUUUGUUUUAAUAUUUUAUCAAUGAAGCUGUUGCAUAAUAUGUAGUAAGCAUGCAGUAAGCCAGAUGCCAAUGCCAGUGAAAAUUACUUAUAAUUUUAUUUAUCAUGUCAGAGAUGCCAUAUUAAUCAUGACUUUGACAAUCAUGGAUUAAAAGCCAUGUGGACAAA